UUAAUCGAAGCGAGUACUCCACUACAAAAGAAUGUUCCUCUGCUGAGGAUUUUCUCCCGACCUUUCUGUUUUGUUUGGCGGCCCAGAAAAUCGUAACAGUAAAAUAUGGAAACUGAAGCGGGAGAUCACUGUGGUUUAACCAGGGGUACUAGUUAUUCUCUUAGGCCUUCGAAACGAGUCAUGAAUCUAGAUGCCGAUAUUGGGAAUGUGAAACAGGAGCCUCAAUUGAAGUGUGGGAGAAAUAAUCAAUUUGAGAAUGGGAGCACAAAAGAUGGGAAACAUGAGCCUCCAUCGAAGGCUGGGAAAGGGGAGCUAGAUGAGAAUGGCAACACCAAAAAACAGCUAGAUAAGAAAGUGAAGGAAAUUCCUCAUAUGGAAACUGAAGCCAUGGAAAGGCGGGAAGACCACUAUUGUAGAACCAGGGCUACUUGUUAUUCCCUUAGGCCUUCAAAACAAGUAAUGAAACAAGAGCCUUCUUUGUUCAAGGCUGAACAGGGUGAAGCAAAACAAGUGAAGUUUUUGGUUGAAUCGGGUCAUGCAAAACGAGUGAAUUUUUUGCUUGAACGGGAUAAUGUGAAAGGAGUAAAACAUGAGCCUCUGUUGAAGGGUGGGAAAAAGCAGCGGAAUAAGAAUGGAAACACAAAAGGAGUGAAACUUGAGCCUCCAUUGAAGUGUGGGGAAAAGCUGUGCAAUGCGAAUGGUACUGUGAAAGAACUGAAAGAAGAAGUUCAUGUGAAGUUUGGGGUGAAGGGAAAUGAGAAUGGAACCACAAAACAAGUAAAAGGAGAGCUUCCAGUGAAACGUGGGGAGAAGCGAGAUGCAGAUGGUAAUAUUAUUGAGCCGUCGUGGAUGUGUCAUCAGUGCCAGAGGAACGACAAAGGACGAGUUGUUCGGUGCCUCAAGUGCAAAACGAAGCGUUUCUGUAUUCCCUGUUUAGAGAACUGGUACCCCGAUACAAAAGAGGAGGCAAUUGCUGAGGCAUGCCCUGUUUGUCGUGGAAAUUGUAAUUGCAAAGCAUGCUUGCGUUCAGAUGCAUAUCUUAAAGAGUUGAACAGUUCAGAAGUCAAGAUUAGUGAAGCUGAAAGAGUUUGCCACUUCUUGUAUUUGCUACAUGCACUUGUACCAUUUCUGAAAGAAUUCAAUCAAGAGCAAGUGAUGGAGAAAGGACUUGAGGCCAAGAUACAAGGGUUAUUACCUGAAGCAAUAGAGAUACAAAAGGCAGCUUGCGAGAACAAGGAGCGCGCGUAUUGCAACUACUGUAAAACUUCUAUUGUAGACUUCCACAGAAGCUGUCCCGAAUGUUCUUACGACCUUUGCCUUGCUUGUUGCCGGGAGAUUCGUGAUGGUCACUUGCGGGGAGCCAUAGAUAAUGAAAAGUCAGAUUAUGAGUGGAAAGCAAAGGAAGAUGGUAGCAUUCUGUGCGCUCCAGAGAAAUUGGAAGGCUGUGGUAGUGGCAUACUAGAGUUGAGGUGUAUGUUUUCUCAAAAGUGGGUUUCAGACCUGGUUGUCAAAGCCGAAGAUCUAGCUAAAAGGCACAAACUUUAUCAAGAGCCGGGAGGUAGAAAGCCCCAACAAUGGUGCUCCUGUUUCAAUUCAAAAGGUGAUAUUGACUUGGGUAGUGGUAAGUCGAGAAAAGCAGCUUCUCGUGGAAAUUCUAGUGACAACUAUUUAUACUGGCCUGAUGCUAGAGACAUAAAGCAUGGUGACUUGAGGCAUUUCCAGCAGCACUGGAUCAAAGGUGAGCCAGUGAUAGUGAGCAAUGUGCUUGAACAUAGCACUGGUCUGAGUUGGGAGCCCAUGGUCAUGUGGCGUGCAUUCAGACAGAUGAAGCAUACCAAGCAUUCUAAACAUUUGGAUGUUGUAGCCAUUGAUUGCUUGGAUUGGACUGAGGUAGAGAUUAAUAUUCACCAGUUCUUCAGUGGAUAUUCUGAGGGUCGAUUCGGCAAAGAUUUGUGGCCUAACAUUCUUAAAUUGAAAGAUUGGCCUCCAGUUAAUUCCUUUGAGGAACUCUUACCUCGUCAUGGUGCCGAGUUUAUCAAUUGCUUGCCCUUCAAGGAAUAUUCACAUCCUAAUAGGGGAUUUCUUAAUGUUGCUGUCAAAUUGCCAGAAAAUAGUUUGAAGCCAGACUUGGGGCCGAAAACAUAUAUUGCUUAUGGGGUUGCCCAGGAGCUAGGGCGUGGGGACUCUGUGACCAAGCUUCACUGUGAUAUGUCUGAUGCGGUGAAUAUUUUGACACAUGCUAAAGCAGUGACUCUUAAACCGGAACAUCUUUCCAACAUACAGAAGUUGAAAAAGAAGCAUUAUUCCCAAGAUCAGAGGGAAAUUUUUAAGUUCCAUACUGAAAGGGGAGAAAAGAAAAUGGCUGAUUCUGGUUUGCCAUCAAAAGAAAAGAUUGAUGUGGCUAAACCAAAUAGAAUGACAAGAAGUGGUCCUCAAAGAAAGGGGAAGAAAGGCACAGCCCAAGUAAAUUUUGGAAGCAACUCUAAGAAACUGAGAGCAGAGGUUGGCAGUGGAGAAACUGAAAUCGAGGGAGAAAGCAACAAUGUUGAAGAAUGCCAAAGUUAUCUUGCUGGAGAAGGGCUUGAUCAUGAAGCUGGAGGUGCUGUUUGGGAUAUUUUCAGGAGACAAGAUGUUCCAAAGCUGCAGAAAUAUCUUAAAGAGCACUACAGGGAAUUCAGGCACUUCUAUUGUUCUCCGGUGCAGCAGGUUGUUCACCCAAUUCAUGAUCAGUCUUUUUACCUGACCCUUGAGCAUAAAAGAAAGUUGAAGGAGGAAUAUGGAAUUGAACCAUGGACUUUUGUGCAAAAUCUCGGAGAUGCAGUUUUUAUUCCUGCUGGCUGUCCUCAUCAAGUUAGGAAUUUGAAGUCAUGCAUCAAAGUUGCACAUGAUUUUGUCUCACCUGAAAAUGUAAAUGAGUGCAUUCGUCUGACGGAGGAGUUUCGUUUGCUCCCUGAAAAUCACAGGGCCAAGGAAGACAAGUUGGAGGUAAAGAAAAUGGCUCUUCAUGCUAUUAGUCUAGCAGUAUCUGGACUGGAGAUGCCUAAAAAGGUGGCCACUAAGGCUUCCAGGUGCGGAAAUCGUGCACAGUGCAUCUGAUUUUCGGGAAAAAAGUUCGCUUGGAAUUUUUGAAGAUGCAAGUAGAAUCAUGGAGAAUGGAAAUUUUUGAAAUGGGCUUCUGUUUUGUUUUGGUAAUGCAUGUUUUCGACUGUUAUGCAAUUUGUCACAGUUGUAAGUCCAGUCUUCAAGAGACCACUUGUGCCUCUCUGGCUCUUGGGCUACAAGUUAAAUAUGCACAAACUAGGCCAUGCCUCUCCCUUUUGCCUAUAAUUCCAGAUUCCAUGCCUUCUGUUGCGUGAAAUAAGUUACCUUUUGACUC